AUGACUUGGGGUCUUCAUUUUCCUUACCAAUUUCUGGCUCAAAACUUUGUGGUUUCUGGGUCGGGUCGAAUCAAAAUACCAGCAUUCAAAACUCCGAUACCACCGCAUGUUCAAGGACCGUGCUUAUAUGCAGUAACUGUUCAGAACCACCCACCUGACAGAUCAAUCGUAUCAAUAAAUUUUACGAUUGAGAGUACUGAUGAAUAUAAUGUUCAAAUUUUUAGUGACAGUGUCUACGGAAAAGCACAAUUAGAUGUGUUGAAAUUGAGCGGAUCCCUCUCUUACCAAUGGACGAUUGACUAUCAUUACAAUACAGAUGCACCACAAAUCAUUGAAUGCAGAAUGUACAGGCAUUAUUAUCACGACUUCCUUCCGCUGCCAGAUUACUAA